CAACACCAAACGGCACUUUUCCAUAACUAGAAACAGCAAGUCAGACAGCCAGACACGAUCUAGUAGAUGAUUUCAGCACAAUGGCACAUUCAUCACCGCAUGUUCCGCCGACAUCAACCCCAGAUCUAAAUAAGAUUGUGCUGGAUUAUCUUUCUAAGAAAGGAUAUUCAAGAACAGAGGCAAUUCUUCGGCUGGAGGCUUCUAGCGUCGGAGCUGUUCCUGAAGAUCAACAGGAUUGGCAUCUGGGGCUUCCAGAAACAUAUGUUCAAGUAUAUGCUGCUCUCAGGGACUGGAUUGAUAGCACCUUAGAUAUGUUCAAACCAGAGCUUCAAAAAACCCUAUUUCCCAUCUUCGUUCAUUCCUUUCUAGAUCUUAUAACCAAAAGUGCAAUUUCCACCGCUAAAGUAUUCUUUGAAUCAUUUUCACAAGAACACCUUAUUCUUCAUGGUCAUGACGUUCACAAACUUGAAGACAUUACAAGUCCAGCAGACUUGGAACAGAACAGUGUUGCUGCUCUCUAUAGGAAACACAAAUAUCGUUUGAACUUUUCGCAGACAACGUUUGGGUUACUGUUACAUUUUCUUUUCGAAAACGAAUCUAAUGGCAGCGGAAUUAUUAUCCGACUACUCAAUCAGUACAUAGACAUUAACAUAAAGUCUUCUACAAAACAUCAAGGCGCUACAAAAAGUACUGAACAGUACGACGAAGGAAUCCCCCAACAUUCGGAACAACUUAACGAAUUCAAUAGUCAAGAAAUAUAUCUGGGACGGAUACCUCUAUCAACUGAGGAUGAAGAGGCACUGCUAAAAGUAUUAGACAAUUAUGAUUCACAAAAGGGUGAUGAGUCUGAGGAUGUCGCAAUGGACACAGUAAUCACUCAGAAAGCACACGAUACACAAGAAGAAACCAGUAUUAAAGCUCCUUGUCGACCUCUUCGUGAGGUAUAUGAAGAUAGAAAAAAAAGGGAAAGCGCUUAUGGAAAGGCACCCGAGUCUCUCCCUCUGCCUCCUCUAGAGGUUGCGGAUUUAGAUGCUAUAGCAUGUAAUCUCGAUGACGAACGUAACUGCAUUCAAUUCGACAAAGAUGCAAAGGGACCUAGUGUUUACAUGUUUUCACUGCACAACUCGUAUUCCACACUCAAUUGUGCAACGUUUUCACAAGACGCUUCUAUGUUCUUGGUUGGCACCUCGGAAAACUAUUUACAACUUUACACAAGCACAAAUUCGCAACGGCAGUCACUGAUCUCUGCCAAGAAGGAACAGCUGAAACAGCAAAAGUUCAUUGGUCAUAAGGCAUCUAUUUAUGGCGUAAGCAUUUCUCGAGAUAACCGCUUUCUUCUCUCUGGCUCAGGCGAUGGUUUCGUGCGUCUUUGGUCGCCGGAAACGGGUUCAACAUUGAGUAUCUUUGGUGGACAUAAUGCUCCCAUUUGGGAUGUGGAAUUUGACCCUAACGGAUUCUACUUCGCAACUGCUGCCGACGAUCACACUGCCCGUUUAUGGAGUGUAGAGCAUCCAUCACCCCUACGUUUAUUUGUGGGACACGAAAACGAUGUUGAUUGCGUAAAAAUUCACAAAAAUUCAGCAUACGUGCUAACCGGUUCAAGCGACACUACAUGUCGUUUGUGGGACGUGCGAACGAGCGAUGCGGUUAGGGUACUCAUUGGUCAUAAGCAACCCAUUUCAGCACUGGCUAUUUCGGACGAUGGUCUUGAUGUCAUUUCAGCUGAUGACUCUGGUCACGUAUUCGUAUGGGAUCUUCGAAAAGGACAGAAACGGCAUUCUUUCCAAGCACAUAACGAGCCAAUCUAUUCCCUUGAUGUGUCUAAAGAGGGAAAACUUUUGGCCUCGGGAGGCAUUGAUACGGUAGUCAAAUUCUGGGAUAUUCAGACGUCUGAAACCAUCGAGGAACCCUUGUACACGUAUCGGACGAAGAACACUGUGAUCCAUGAACUCCAAUUUACAAACCGAAACUUCUGUCUUUCCUUAAGUACAUCGUAAUUGUCCCAAUUAAGGAACUGGAUUAUUUUAAUUUUGGGGUCCAUUGGCUUAAUGUUCAAAUGUAUGAAGACUGCCCAUUAUCUAGCUUCACAACCUAUUCACUUCCUUUGUCCGUUUUCUAAAUUUCACUACUACCCUAAAAAGUUUCCUAUUUUGAACAAUCUAAUGGUGCGCUGUUGUGAUUAAUUUUCUCUCUAACUUGCAAUAAAAAAAAAUAAAUAAAAGAAGGAAAGAGGUUUACCUUCGGGUUCUUAAAAAAGCCUAACAUUACCAAGGCUUUACUCGAUUUUUUUCUUUUUUUUUUUUUUUUUUUUUUUUU